UCCCUCCGUGCGGUGUGGGCGGGCCGUACACAUCUAUCAUCUCCCGCAAGGCCUCAGCAUUGUUGGCCACGUCCACCGCCUGCCCGUUGACCACCCUCUGGCCAAAGGGCGAGCGCUCGUAUGCGGUCCAGAACAACAGCUGGCCCAGGGCGCUGAUGUCGGCCUUGAGGCCGUACUGUUGCUUCAGCAGCACCUCCGUCCGCCGGAAUCCCCGGACCCACUGCACAAGCCGACGGAACCAAGCCAAUGAGAGACAACGGCCAUGCGUGCGCGUCGCUUUCUUGCGAUUGCGCGUGUGUCUGUCUGCUUACUGAGUUCAGGUCUGCGGGGUACCACUGUUCGCCCAUCUCCUUGAAGCACCCCAGGUCGAUGAGGCGCACCCUCCCAUCGGCACCCACCACCACGUUGUCCAUCUUGUGGUCGCGAUAUAUCACUGUAUCCAUCACACACACACACACACGCGUGAGAAGGUCAAGGAGUGAUCCUGCCUUUUUUCCUCUCUCCUCUAUCUGAUGUGGCGGCUCUCCUCACCUCCUGCCCUGUGCAGCGCCCUGUGUGCGUUGACGAGCUGGCUGCUGAUGUCCCUGGCCUCGUUGCGCGGCAGUCCGUCCUGCCGGUGGUCCCACAGCUUCGUGUCGAGCGUGGGGCCGCCGUACUCCAUGAUCAGGUAGGCCCUGUCCUCGAAGGGGUCGUCCACGAAGCCCAACGACGACAUCACAUUGGGACAGUUUUUGAUGUCGGGGAGCUCCAUGAUCAUAUGUUCAACUGAAUCAAAAAAGGAUCACAUUCAGCAGCAGAUACGUACUGUUUCCAUGUUGACGUCGCUUACGCUCGAGCACGUUGGCAAACUGGCCGCUAUUCUGCAU